CCAAAAAAGUAAUGAGCCUGCUUAGCAUAUAACACGGCGCUCUCCGAGGUUUGUGAAUCCGAAAAAGUUAUUACAAUCAUGUAUUUUGAGAAUAGUUUAAUGGCGGCAUCAGUGGCAAUGGACGUCAAAGGAAGCGACAGAACCUCGGACAAACUUAAAUACUCAAAAAAUUGUUUCUAUUAGAGCCUAGAUUGGAUUAGAUUGUUUAGAUGUAGUUGCAUACCUGCUGCUUCUUCAGUUUCACCAGCUUCUAAUGCCUGCGCGUGAAUAUGGAGGCGAUGGUGACAUCUUUGCUAUUAAUAGUUCUCCUCGCAAAUUUAGCGUUUGGUCCCAAGCCGGCAGCCGCUAGAGGAGGAGACCGGAGUCUGCUCACAUCCACGUUGUCAGGUUCUAAUCUAAAGAGGGUGUGGCAUACAAAAGCUUCCGUUGGACAGUCAUUGUUUGGUAAUGUGACAAGCAAUCGUAAAAAGGAUUUAGAAUUGGGUUAUCAUUAUAUGAGUAAUUCAGAACUUGAAAGAGCCAUGAAGAAAUUUGGAAGCAAAUGUGGGAAAAUUUCCAAACUUUACAGCAUUGGGAAGAGUGUCAGAGGCAUUCCAUUGUGGGUGCUUGAAAUUUCUGAUAAGCCUGGUCAGGAGGAACCGGAACCAGCAUUUAAGUUUGUGGGAAACAUGCAUGGUGAUGAACCUGUGGGCCGGGAAUUGCUCUUAUAUCUUGCAGAUUGGUUGUGCAAGAAUUAUUUGAAGGAUCCUUUGGCAACCCUCAUUGUUGAAAAUGUUCAUCUUCAUCUGCUUCCAUCCAUGAAUCCUGAUGGCUAUGCUCUUUCACAGCGGGGCAAUGCAAACAAGAUUGAUUUAAAUCGAGACUUUCCAGAUCAAUUCUUUUCUCAGAAUAAUGAUGAGAAUUUACGUCAGCCAGAAACAAAAGCAAUUAUGAACUGGACAAAGGACAAACGGUUUACUGCUUCUGCUAGUUUACAUGGGGGUGCACUUGUUGCAAAUUAUCCUUGGGAUGGCACUAGUGAUGGCAGGGAAAAAUAUUCUAAAUGUCCAGAUGAUGAAACUUUUCGUUACAUGGCAGCUAUUUAUAGUCAUCAUCAUUAUAACAUGUCAAAAUCUAAUGAGUUCAGUGGGGGGAUUACAAAUGGAGCACAAUGGUAUCCACUAUAUGGAGGAAUGCAAGACUGGAACUAUAUACAUGGAGGAUGCUUUGAUUUGACAUUAGAGAUCAGUGAUACGAAAUGGCCUCCUGCAAAAGAGAUUCCUUUACUUUGGGAGCAUAAUCGAAUGAGCAUGUUGCAGCUUGUAGCAAGCCUUGUAAAGUCGGGACUACAUGGAAAAGUAAUAUCCUCAUACUUAGGACAACCAUUACCUGCAACCAUUCAGAUUGGUGGAAUAAACCAUACUGUUAAAGCUGGGCAUCUCUUUGGUGAUUUUCACCGGAUGCUUUCUCCAGGUCGCAACUAUGAAGUGACUGCCAGUUUAUCAGGUUACUCUUCCAGGAGUACUCAUAUCCUGCUGCAAAAUGAAAAAGCUUCGUAUGUUGAUUUUAUCUUAGAUCCAGCAGAUCAAAAAGUGAUAUCAAAAUCUGGGUGGGGAAUUUUUUUUCAGAGAAAAUAUCUUAGAUCCAGUGUGGAUGGUGAAAUUUUAUUUCAUCCUUCAGAACUAACAAUUUUGCUCUUCUUGAUCAUAGUUGUCUCAGUCUUCUUGUAUGUUAUACUUAGGUGGAGGGUACGGUCCAAGAUUCCAAGACAAAGGCAAAGAUGGUAAAUGGGUGAUAAAUAUUUGUACUUGUUGCUUAAUAUUUUAUAUGAAUUCAUACCAAGAAAAAUGAAAAAUUAAAAAAAAGCAUUUAUAUUUUGAAUUUC